CUUGUUUUUUUACUGUUAGUAUUAAUAAUAGAAUAAAUGAUAGCGUUCAUCCCAAGGUCCAAAAGCAGCUAAGAAUUCACUUUUUUGUGAUUUGGGGGAAAGUCCUACAGCAUUUAUGUAACAUUACGUCUUACUCUACUUUGAAAUUCAAAUUGGUUUGAGCUUGAGGAAUUGACGUACAUCACCAUCUGCUGGACAUUCCCAGAAGUGUUAAACAACCCCACCAAAAACUUGACAUCUAAAUCAGCAUGGUGCUUUUUUCUGCAAUCCAAUAAAUAUUUCUUUGUGGACGCGGGACAAAGAGGCACAGAAGUGAGAAAUAUUUUUAUUGAAAUUAGAAGAACAAAAUGAUCCGCGCUUGCGCAGCGCAGUCGGCGGAAGUCUGCGUGUGCGUGAGAGAUAAUCUCACUGAUCCUUGAAUGACUUGCACACAGACUCCAAGUUGUCAGUACAUCUGCCAGCACUGACAGCGCUCAGCAACCGUCAUGUUCUGUCAGUGAAACCGCAGGAAUUGCACUCCUCUUCUGCUUCUUGGAAUCUCAGGUCUGCACCUUGUCGGUUUUACAGGCGCCAGUUGGAGCAUCAUGUGGAAAACGGCUACAGCAGCCGCACUGCUGGCAUUAUCUGUCGGCUACUUCUACCACAGUGGGACAGACGUGCAGGAGCACAUAUUGCAUUAUGUCAAUAUGCCAGUUUUUCAGUUUCUAUCUCCCGGUGUGGACAGCCAGACCCGUGUGGAGCAGGUGAUCUCUGAUGCCUGGGAAACUUUGAUAACUUUACCAUCUCGCCAGUGGAGCAAAGUGGCUGUGGGUGUAAACGCCUGCGUAGAUGUGGUGGUCUCUGGAGUCGGGCUGCUGCAGGCCAUGGCUGUAGACCCCGGUGUCGGCAGGGAUCAUGACGUUCUACACUCCAAAGAAGACUUGAAGGAAGCCUUUAUUCAUUACAUGGGGCGCGGAGCAGCCGCCGAGCGCUUCUUCACUGAUGGCGAGGUUUUUCAGAGGAUCGCUCGCGCAGCAGCGGAAUAUCCCGGAGCCAAGUUGUACGUGGGAGGAAACGCUGCUCUUAUUGCCCAGAAAUUUGCCUUGUAUCCCAAUCUUGCGGUUCUGUUAUGUGGACCAGUUGGUCCUAAACUUCAUGAGAUGCUGGACGAACAGAUCGUGGUUCCUCCAGAUUCACUGCAGGAGACAGACGAGUUUCACCUCAUCCUGGAAUAUAAAGCAGGAGAAGAGUGGGGCUCAACCCGGGCACCGCAGGCCAACCGCUUCAUCUUCUCUCACGAUGUCUCCAACGGGGAAAUGAGCUCACUGGAGACCUUUAUUGUCAGUCUGGAGGACUUCCAGCCCGACCUGGUCGUCCUGUCGGGACUCCAUAUGAUGGAGGGUCAGGGGAGGGAGCUGUGGGAGGAGCGGCUGAAGGAGGCUGUGUCAGCGAUCGCUUACAUUCGUAAGGCCGUUCCCAUUCACCUGGAGCUGGCAAGCAUGACUGACAAAGAGUAUAUGAACAGCAUCAUGCAGGAGCAGGUUAUUCCUAUUGUCAGCUCCAUCGGGUUGAAUGAGCAGGAGCUGCUCUUCCUCUCUCAGGCCAGUGAUGGACCUCAUGCAGAUAUGGCUGCCUGGGAUGGUAUUCCAGACGUGGGCUGCGUCAGCGACAUCCUCCACUGGAUCCUGGAGCAGCACGGCCGCAGCGACCCCGCCUCUGAAGCAGACCUAACACGCAUCCACUUCCACACCCUGGCCUACCACAUCCUGGCUACGGUGGAUGAAUACUGGGGCAACCAGGCGGAGGCAGUGAUGGCUGGAGCACGAGUGGCCAGUAGUCAGGCCUGUGGACUCCAGACAGUCGAUGUUACCAAAGUAGAGCUUCGAGCACCGCGAGAGUUUUACAGCUCUCACUUUGAACCUCGAGAGAAGUUGGUCCUGAACCCCACCGAGCCUGUUACAGUGUGGCGACGUGGAAACGUUGUCUUCCACUUCACUCCGGUGCUGGUCUGUAAGAACCCACUUCGGACAGUUGGACUUGGGGACGCCAUCUCUGCUGAAGGACUCGUUUACUCAGAGUUACUGAUAGAUCAGUUCUUGUGAAGUGUUUUUCGUGUCUUAAAAUUGUAACUACAGGUGUCUGUGGCCUUUCAAAGAGGUCCACUUGAAGAGUUGUGUUUCUGAAAUUCUUCAAACCUCCGUGUUCAGAACCGGGUCUGUGCCAUCUCACUUUAAGAAUGUGACCAGUGGUGAUAGUUUGAAUUCCUUUCUGGUAGGUCCUGGUUUCAGAAACAGAGGUAGAACUGGACCCAGGCGGUCCGUCUCUAUGCACUCGGUGCAGAUAAAAGCCAUCUUCACCAACUCCAAAGAGUUCUCCUGGCUAACCUAACAUACUCUGUCUUGCAUAUCUUUAAUAUGCUGUGCCUUGGCAAAAUAACAUUAUUGUAAAUCCUUUAUUCCUGGUUUUGGGCCAAAACAACUUAAAAUGUGUGCAUUAAAAUCAUGUGAACUACACAUUUACACCAUAGACUCUCAUCAAAAUUGGAAAAGCCCACAGGUGCCAACUGUAUUGAUCUAGAGAUGGCUAAAUUGGGAACUUUUUCAGAACCUUUAUUGAGAGAUUUAUUUACCACAUCUAUCCAAAUAUGAAGUUUCACCUUCUUUAUUAUGAAUUUUUUAUGUUUUUGCUGCUGUUUGACACUGAAAUUCGAAAGGUUUGUGGGAAAAAAAAGAAAAAAACGGGAAAUAUUUACCAAAAAUUAGCUUUUUUUUCUUAUUGAUUUUCUUUUAUAUCGUCUUAUUUCCAGAACCAGCAGAGCAGCUUCAGUCUUUUAUGCGUUUUUAUGUGUUUCCUUAUCUCUGGUCUGUAACAAGAGAACUCUUAACAGUUCCCAAACAUUUGGACACAAACACAUAGGCUACUAGUACUGUAUUGAAAAGGCAGUGAACGUCUUACAUAGUGAUACACUCGGCGGGUAUUUCUCAUGAGCUUUCCUCAGAACACAGGAGCACUGACUUAGCCAUGGCUCUCUGUUUCACCCAUAUACUUGACAUUUAUGUUACAUGUUUCUACUGGUAUGAAAAUAGAUGUGUGAAAGCUGCUGUCUUCUCUGUUUUGAAUCCAAACGCUCCCACUACAAAGAUAGUUCAGCGAGAACACAACCCAAAGCAGCUCUGUUUCUUGCUCUGCAUUAUGAAUAUCCAAUGCAAAGACACCUUGAAUUUGACAAGUCUUAAUUCAAAAGGGUCUCGUUUAUGUAGUUAGAUUGGGCCAGUGAUCAAAUACUUAGUUGAUCAUGUGGAAGAGCAAUGGUGCACAAAUCCUUUUUUUUAAAAAUAUAUGGUGUUGGUCAUGUGUUUUUGGGUUGUCUGUUGUUGAUUCAAAAGCUAAUUUAGUAAGUACACUAAACUGUUGGUAGCUCACAUCUUCUGAAUGUCUUUGCCCAUAUGUUAGCUUUACAGUAUGUAAAAACCUGCACAGUGUGUUUGCUUCCCAAGAACAGUGGCCACUAAAGGCAAUAAUAAUAGGAAUCGUUGCAUCGUUGCAAACGUGUCACAGACAUACUGGGCAUUUAACAGAUUCAGUCUUUUGCACUAGUGGGAGAUGGCAGGAGUCAUUGUAUAGGUGAAUGUAACCCACCUGACCUCCUCAACACAAUCCUGUUACACAUUUUUUCAGCAAGUACAAUCUAUUCAAGUUUUUAUUUCUUUUUUUUAAAUGAUUUUAACAUUUACUAAUGGUGUGUUUCAUUUACAUGUACAAGUAGUUUUCCAUUAAAAGGUGUAUAGACAGUAAAAA